CACACACACACUGUGCACAGGACUUCCCUGUGACUUUGCAAAGCUGCAUUUAGCCGAAGUACCUACAAGUUUCUGAGCGCACGGUGGAGGGAGAAGCGGAGUCGGGAGUCGCCACAAACAAAAACGCGUAGAAGGAUUUGUUUUUUCUUUUUUCUUUUUUAAAUUUUUUUAAAUAAUUGAACCUGUUGAUUAAGUCUGAGCGGCAGUGGGACGCAGAGGAGCAAGAGAAGAAAGCCUGAAUAGGUGCAGGCAACACACCGCUGCUUCAGCGGGCAGGAGGAGUGAAGAACGCACGUCGGCUUUUUUCUUCGCCCAGCAUUCGCAGCCUGUGCUGGGUUAGUGGAAAAAUGGGCACUUCGACCUGCAGUGGACUUAUCCUGUCCUUGAUGCUCACAUGCCAGCUGGUUACUGUGACUCAGGCCUCCAAGGUGUGGGGUGGGGUCUCUGUGCCAGAAGAUUUGGAGGCGGCUAAAGAAGUCCGGGCGUCUCACAGCUUACUUGACGACGACGAGGACUUUGCUGCCGAUGAAGCCUCAGGAGAUCUGCCCAGUGGCGAGGAUGAUGGAAGCACACCAUGGCCGCCAGUCGCAGAGAGCACAAUUUAUUACAGAGCGCUUGUCAACUUCACUGACUCCCUGGUCUACAGCCUUGAGCUGGAGGACAUCUUCUCUUCAGCUUUUAAUGAGAUCUCUGAAGCAGUGGUGGACACGCUAGAGUCAGAGUACAACAGGAUUCCAGGUACUCAGGCAGUCAACGUGGUCCUCAUCAAGAAGGUGGUGAGAGACGACGGUGUGGAUGUAUUUGUGGAGUUGGACGUGGGUUCAGACAACAACAGCAAUGAGGAACAGAUCCGCAGGGUGCUGUACAACGUGGUGAAGGAGGGGGCCAUCGCUUCCUACGUCACAUCCGUCCAGGGCUUUCAGUUCAAACGGCUUGGACAAGUAACCCCCAGCAUCAGGCCCUGCAUGUCAGAUGAGCACAGGUGUGGCGAUGGGACAUGCAUCCUAAUGGAAUACCUGUGUGACAAUAGACCCGACUGCAGAGACAUGAGUGAUGAGAUCAACUGUGAUCUGCCAGCCCCUCCAGUCUUCACCACCCCUCCCACCACAACCACCAUCGCCAAGAAGCCCGUGCGGCCCCCAAGCCCGCCUGGACCCUGCAGAGCCGAUCAGGCCACAUGCCAGAGUGGAGAGUGUAUCCCGCGUGACUACGUUUGUGACGGGGAGAGGGACUGCUCGGACGGAAGUGACGAGAACAGAUGUGGCACUCCAUCUCCCUGUGAACCCAACGAGUUCAAGUGUAAAAAUGGCCGCUGUGCUCUUAAGCUUUGGCGAUGUGAUGGAGACAAUGACUGCGAGGAUAACUCGGACGAAACAGACUGCCCCACCAGGGGUCCUGGUGACAGGUGUGCUCCUGAGCAGUUUGAAUGCCUGAGCGAUCGCACCUGCAUCCCAGCCAGUUACCAGUGUGAUGAGGAGCCAGACUGUCCUGACCGCUCUGAUGAGUACGGCUGCACCCCUCCCUCUGUGACAAGCCCACCAGAAGAGUCCAUUCAGGCAGCACGGGGGGCGAUAGUGACGUUCACAUGUCAAGCUGUUGGAGUGCCAACGCCCAUCAUCACUUGGAGACUCAACUGGGGACACAUUCCUGUCAGCGGCAGGAUCUCCAUGACCAGUGAGAACGGCCGUGGCACCCUCACCAUCCGUGAUGUAAAGGAGGCGGAUCAGGGCGCCUACACCUGCGAGGCCAUAAAUGCUAAAGGCCUGGUGUUUGGUAUUCCCGAUGGCGUGUUAACUCUGACAUCAAAUUCCAACCCAGGCAACUGUCCUGGUGGUCACUUCAGUGUGGACGGUCGCUGCAUGCCCUGCUUCUGCGCCGGAAUGACCAAGAUCUGCAAGAGCACCGGCCGCUACCGCAACCGGAUCACCCUGCGCUUCACUGAGGAGGAAGACUUUAAAGGAGUGAACGUUACGUAUCCAACCAGGCCGGGCACUCCUCCUCUCUCCUCCACUCAGCUCAUCGUUAACCCUGACAUGGAGGAGUUCCAGCUUGUCGACCUGUCUCGCCGUUUCCUCAACAUUGACUCCUUCUGGGUUUUGCCUCGACAGUUUCUGGGCAACAAGAUCGACUCUUAUGGGGGGUCACUGAAGUACAAGGUGCGGUACACUUUGGCCCGAGGUCUGUCUGAGCCUGUGGAGAAACCAGAUGUGAUCUUGGUUGGAAACGGACGCAGGCUUGUGUACCGCAGAGGCAGCGCCACCCCUGCUCGUGUGGUCAACCAGAAAGAGAUCAAAUUCACAGAAGAUCACUGGCAGCACUCCAAUGGUCGCCCUGUGACCCGGGAGGAGCUGCUGAUGACGCUGGCCAACGUGGACAGCAUCAGCAUUCGCACCAUCUAUGAUGACCACAUGGUCAGCGUGGCGCUCAGUGACCUCAUCAUGGACACUACCACGGUGGAGUUCAGCAUUUUAGGUCACGCGAAGGAUGUUGAAGAGUGCAGGUGUCCUCCAGGACACUCGGGCCUGUCCUGUGAGAUGUGUGCCGCUGGUUUCGAGCGCGUCCCCGGUGGCUCGUAUCUCGGCACCUGUGCCGGUUGCAACUGUAACGGACACGCCAGCGCCUGUGAUCCAAUCAGUGGACACUGUCUGAGCUGCCAGCACAACACAGAAGGCCCUCAGUGUGACAAGUGCCGUUCUGGCUACUUUGGCGACCCAAGCCGAGGUCGCCCUGAUGACUGCAAGCCCUGCCCCUGUCCAUACUAUGAAACAACGCGCCGGUUCUCCGACACCUGCUUCCUCGACGUUGACCAACAGCCAACGUGUGACGCCUGCAGGCUCGGCUACACAGGAAGACGCUGUGAAAAAUGUGCUCCUGGUUACCAGGGUAACCCCCUCCUGCCUAAUGGAAAAUGCAUUCCCAACCAAAGCUCCAAGUGUGAUAACAGAGGAACAGUCAGCUCCAGCAGCAGGCCGUGCAGCUGCAAGAACAACGUGGCAGGCGCUCAGUGUGACGAGUGUAAACCUGGAUUCUUCCAUCUAUCAGAAGCCAACCCCGAGGGCUGUCUUCGCUGUUUCUGCAUGGGCGUCUCGAAACAGUGCAGCAGCUCCACUUGGAAUAGAGACCAGGUGCGGGGAGGCGUGAACGGGCAGCUUUUCUCCCUUGCCAACAGCGGAAACACUAGAAUUAUCUCUGAAGGCAUCUCCCAGAGGGGUUCCUCUGAAGUCGUCUACCGCUCCUUCACCAGCGUCCCCAACGACAUCUACUACUGGGUCCUGCCUGAGAGUUUCAGAGGAGAUAAGGUGACAGCCUAUGGCGGGGAGCUUCGCUACACGGUGCGCUACGCACCGUCUCAGCGCUCUCUUGUGAUUGAUGGUGAGCCAAAUGUGGUCCUCCAGGGCAAUGGUAUCUUCCUGGAGCACCACGCCCAGACCAAGCCCCUCCCACGAGUCCCACAGACCGUCACUGUUAUCUUCAGGGAGUCUGCGUGGCGUCGCGCUGACGGGCAGCCGUGCACUCGCGAGCAUCUCCUGAUGGCUCUUGCUGAUGUUUCUGUCUUCAUGAUCAGAGCCUCUUAUGCGGACAACAUGGAGGAGAGCAGUAUCUCAGACAUUAAGAUGGACUUUGCUGUCCCUCACUCCACUGGUAAUGAACGUGCCCUGGAGGUAGAAGAGUGUGCCUGCCCUCAGGGAUACAGAGGACCGUCCUGCCAGGAGUGCGAUGAAGGUUACACACGUACCAGUUCUGGCCUUUACCUGGGUACAUGUGAGAGGUGUGACUGUAAUGGUCAUGCCAGUAGCUGUGAUCAAGAGACCGGCAGGUGUUUGCAAUGUCUCCACAACACGGACGGGCCAAGGUGUGAACGCUGUCAGACUGGUUUCUAUGGAAACCCUGUAACAGGCGGAGCCCAGGCCUGCCAGCCCUGCCCCUGCCCUGGAACUGCGUCCAGCAACCAAUUCUCAGCAACCUGUUAUCUGGACUCUGACGGUCAGCCGACGUGCGACAGCUGUCCCCCAGGUUACACUGGUCGCCGCUGUGAAAGAUGCGCUGCAGGAUACACUGGCAACCCACAGCUUGGACAGAGAUGUACUAACGGCAACAAUGAAGUCAAUGGUAACUGCUAUAACUGUGACCCAAGAGGGCGUGAGUUCUGCAGUGGUCUGGAGUGCCGCUGCAAGAUGCACGUAGAGGGUCCGUCUUGCUCCAGCUGUAAGUCUGGAGCAUUCCACCUCAGCCAGGACAACAAAGACGGCUGCCUGUCCUGUUUCUGCAUGGGCGUCACCCAGCAGUGCUCCAGCUCCACGCACUACAGAGACCUGGUGUCCUCAGUCUUCUCCCCCGGGAACUUCCAGGACAUCGCUCUGGUGAACCGUCAGCGCACAAACCGCAUCACUACUGGUUUCACCGUGGAGGUUUCCACUGAGGGCACCCAGCUGUCCUACAGCAACUUUGACUAUCUAGGACAGGAGCCUCACUACUGGCAGCUUCCACGGGUCUACCAGGGAGACAAGAAAGAUUCUUUCUUUACUCGUAAGAAACGAGCAGAACAGGGUCAUGUCCCACAGCUGGAUGAUGAGGUCUGGGCCCUCCUCUCUAACUUCUCCAAUGGACAAGCGGGUCCCCCUCCGUUCUUUUCCUCUUCCUCCUCUAAAUCCUCUGUCUCUUCCUCCUCAUCUUCUUCCUCUUCACGGAUCCCAACUUUGUCUUCUUCCUCCUCCUUCCCUCGAUGGUCUUUGCGUAACCUGAGCCCCCCUUCUCCUCCCUCUGGUGUCCUCUCUUCAGUUAGGCCAACCAGACCUCAACCCUACUCUCCAGGGCGUUCCCCUCAUCUUCAGCAGAGCAAGAACAAAGUGAACAAGAUUUCUCCUAGCACUUCUACAGGCAACAGCAAGUACGCUCUGGUCUACAAAGGUUUCAGCUUGCACCAGGAUGAUCUGCUCUUCUGGCAGCUCCCAGCACAGUUCACAGGGGAUAAGGUGGGUUCUUAUGGUGGCAAACUUAAAUACACCAUCUCCUAUGUGGCCGGUCCCAGGGGAACACUACUCGACGAUGCCAACGUCCAGAUUAUUGGUAAUGACAUCACUCUGGUAGCUCACCAGCCUUGGAAGAGGAGGCAGCAAGGCAGCAGAGAGACGAACCAGUUUGAGAUCGUCUUCAGAGAGGAAAACUGGCAACGUCCUGAUGGCAUGCCUGCAACCCGCGAGCACCUGUUGAUGGUGUUGGCUGAUCUGGACGACGUCCUUAUCCGAGCGUCGUACUCUUCUGAGAUGCGGUCCUCCAGUAUCUCUGAUGUCAGCAUGGAAGUAGCUGUGCCCGACUACAGCGGUUUGGCGCAGGCCCUCGAGGUAGAGCAGUGUCGCUGCCCCCCUGGAUACAAGGGUCUCUCUUGCGAGGACUGUGCCCCUGGUUAUACUCGCACCGGUGGAGGUUUAUACCUGGGUCAUUGUGAGCUCUGUGAAUGUAACGGCCACUCUGACGCUUGUCACCCAGAGACCGGCGUCUGCGGGGGCUGCAUGCAUAACACACAGGGGGAGCUGUGUGAACAGUGCGCCUCUGGCUUCUUUGGUGACCCCACUGUUGGCACUCCGGAGGACUGCCAGCCCUGCGCCUGCCCUCACACUGACCCCAACAACCAGUUCUCCCCUACUUGUGAGAGCCUUGGGAAUGGUGGUUACCAGUGCACUGCCUGUCAGCCGGGCUACACCGGCCAGUACUGUGAGCGUUGUGCUCCUGGAUACGUGGGCAACCCGCAAGAGAGGGUGAAGUGUCGUCCAUAUGAUGCUGCAGCGUCGCUGGUGGUGAAAGUCUAUCCGGCGAGGGUCUUGGCGUCCCCCGGUGGCCCCGUCACUCUGCGCUGUCAGGUGUCGGGCUCUCCUCCACACUAUUUCUACUGGUCCAGAGAGGACGGACGGUCCAUAUCUGGCGCUGCUGAGAGACGCAGACAAGGUGCAGAGCUCUACUUCCACAGUGUCAAGCCAAGUGAUGCCGGCGUCUACGUCUGUACCUGCAGAGACCAGCGAAGCACCAACAGGAGUCACGCUGAAAUCGUUGUCACAAGUGCUCCAUCCAAAGCCAUUGAGGUGACAAUCGAGGAGCCGAAAGCCCAGACUGUCAGAGUGGGAUCUACCGUCAGCUUCAUCUGCACUGCAAAGAGCAAGUCGCCAGCUUACACACUGGUGUGGACCCGGAUUGGCAACGGGAAGCUUCCCAACCGGGCCAUGGACUUCAACGGCAUUCUUACGAUUCAGAACGUCCAGCCCGAGGACGCUGGCGCCUACGUUUGUACGGGCUCCAACAUGUUUGCCAUGGACGAGGGCAAUGCGAUCCUCUACGUGCAAGAGGCUUCACAGGCUCAGAUGUUUUACACAGCCUAUGAAAUGUUUGAAGGACACAGAAAGCCUGGAGAAGGGGUCCAUCCUGUGGCCACCGCCACUCCCUCAGUGCUGAAUGUCCAGCAAGGCCAGCGGGCAGAGUUUCGCUGCACGGUGACAGGAAAUCCAACUCCCGCAGUCGAAUGGAUCGGAGUUCCAGGAAAGAGAAUGAGUCCCAGAGCAGUGGUUCGUGGUGGCGUACUUAUCUUUUCAGCCGUGGAUCCAGCUGAUGAGGGAGAGUACACCUGCAAGGCCCUGAACACUCACGGCGAGCACACAGCACGGGUUUCCCUCUUUGUCCAAAAAUCCAACCCAAGUGGUCUGGGCACUCAGCCCCAAGUCCAGGUCAGUCCCCAAAAUAUUGAAGUCCACGAGGGUGACACCUUGAGGUUGUACUGCCGUGCAUCAGGAUCGCCCACCCCAAUGCUCACCUGGUUGAAAAAUGGAGGAGUAAUCCCUGCACAGGCCAUUCCCUCUCACGGUUUCCAUCAGUUUAAAAGCAACAGUCUCGAUGUGUUACACAGACGUAUUGAGGAGCUGCAGGCGCGCAUGGACCGCACGGACAUUGGCACUCUGCUCAUCCCCAACAUCAAGAUGUCCGAUGCUGGCACUUACAUGUGCGUUGGCAGCAACAGCAUUGGCUCCAAUAGUGCUCCCAUUAAAGUCACGGUGCUCAAAGCGGACCACGGCUCCUCCGUGGUCAGCAUCCAGCCUUCGAUUGCUGAUGUCCAGGAGGGCCAGAGUCUGGAGCUCAACUGCUUUGCACCUGGAAAUCCUCCUCCCCAGGUCACCUGGACGAGAGCCAGUGGACGCCUCGCCUCCAACCACCAGGUUCUGGGCAAUCAGCUGCGUAUCCUGUCGGCCUCUCCUGAAGACUCAGGAGAAUAUAUCUGUCGGGUGCAGAAGAACCCUGCAGACCCAGGAUCUCGUGUCCAUCAGUCCUCGGUCUCCGUGUCCGUCACUUCAUCUACUUCACGUCCUCAGAGUCCAAUCAUCGCCAUUGAGCCACACAGCGCUGCGGUGCGCGUGGGGGAGACGGCCAGCUUCAGGUGCAAGGUGUACAGCGGCACCCAGCCUGUCAGACUGGAGUGGAAGCUGGCCGGGUGGAACAACAACCAGCCACUGCCAGAUAAUGUCAAAGUCGGCCCAGAUGGCUCUGUCAUGACCAUUACCCCUGUUCGCUCCAUCAACCACGGCGCCUACCGCUGCGUGGCGAGCAACCUAUACGGCAUCACGCACACCAUCGUGUCUUUGAUUGUCAAAGAGUCUCCAGUGGCCACUGUCACCCCUCUUGGACCUGUGCGUGUCAGAGUGGGCGAACCCAUUAACCUGGAAUGCCAGGCAUCAGGAGAGCCGCGACCUUCUGUCUCGUGGCACAGGCUGGACAGCAACCGCAAGAUAAUGCUGAACAGCCCCGUUCCCAUGGAGUCCAAUGCGGUCAUGCAGAUACUCGUAGCACGUCCAGAAGACAGUGGCACUUAUGUGUGCACGGCUCGCAACAAUGAGGGCUCUACAGAGACCAAGGUGGAGGUUAUUGUUGAGGGAGGCUCUCAGCUUCCAUCAGUGCCUCGGGCAUCUGUUCCUGAGCCACGGAGGGUUGUGGUGGAGGGAGAGACAGUAACACUGCUCUGUGAGGCCCAUGGUUUCCCCUCACCAACAAUCACAUGGUCCAAGCUGAGGGCUCCUCUACCAUGGGGACACAAGAUUGUCAAGAACAGCUUGGUUCUGCUCCGCGUGGGCCGGCAGGACUCUGGAGAAUACAUCUGCAGUGCCACCAACCACAUGGGAACCAGUGAAGUCACCAUCAUGCUCGAUGUCGAAACUCGUCCUUAUGCCUCUGUGUUGGAUGUGGCUGUGCGGGUAGGGGAGGUGAUCAGGUUGCAAUGCCUGGCACACGGAACUCCUCCUUUGACCUACACUUGGACCAGAACGGACAGACCCUUGUCACCGAGGGCUCAGAUUAACGGAGGGGAUCUGCAGAUUAAUCUGGCCACUGCUGAGGAUGCUGGGAGCUACAAGUGUGUGGCCACUAAUAAAGUGGGCGACAGUCACGUUGAGGCUAAAGUCACAGUCAGAUCACCUCUUGCAGUGCGUGUAUCACCCCAGGUUGAGGUAAAGGCCCAGGGCAGUGCUGUGGAGUUCACCUGCUCAGCAGCAGGAGGUACCGACACCAAAAUAGAGUGGCUUAAGGAAGGAGGAGCUCUGCCGCCAAACCACCACGUCAAGGACGGCGUGCUCAGGAUCGAGAACCUCGAGCAGAGCAAUGAAGGAGUUUAUAUCUGCAGAGCCAGCAGUGUGUAUGGUUUGGCCCAGGAUACUGCCAGACUGACAAUUCAGGCCCUGCCGAAGGUCAUGAUCAACGUGCGCACCUCAGUGCAGACUGUGAUGAUCGGCAACUCUGUGGAGUUCGAAUGCCAGGCCGUCGGUGACCCCGAGCCCACUGUCCAGUGGAGUAAAGUGGGCGGGGCUUUGCCAGCUCACAUCAUGGUGAAGGGCGGAAUGCUGAAGAUCGAGCAAGUGACCGAGGCCGACGCGGGGCAGUACCGCUGCACCGCCACCAACGACGUCGGCUCAGUGCAGUCCCAGGUGGUGCUUCAUGUGCAGUCUCUUCCUCAAAUUGCUGCGCUGCCAGAAACUAAAGAGGUGACAGUCGGGUCCGAUGCUGUCUUACCCUGUGUGGCUUCAGGGUAUCCUGUACCUGAGAUCAAAUGGUCCAAGAUGGAUGGAGAGCUUCUUCCCAAGUGUUUCCAGGAAGCCAACGUGCUGACAGUUCCUCGCGUGACCCACGAGGAUUCUGGGACGUACGUGUGCACCGCCUCCAACAAACAGGGCAAAGUGGAGGCCUUCACUACACUUCAAGUUCAUGAGAGAGUGAUGCCAUACUUUGCCCAGGAACCACUGUCCUACCUCACACUACCCACCAUCAAAAAUGCCUAUAAGGUUUUUAGCAUCAAGAUCAACUUUAGACCUGAUAAUGUUGAUGGUCUCAUAUUGUACGCCGGCAUGAUCCUCUUCAAUGGCCAGAGGAGAACUACAGGAGCCGACUUUAUCUCUCUGGGACUUGUGGGCGGUCGCUUGGAGUUCAGGUUUGACGUGGGCUCCGGCAUGGCCACUAUACGUGACCCCAACCCCGUCAAACUGGGAGAGUUUCACACCGUCGAGCUGUAUCGCAACCACACCCUGGGUUAUAUCAUCGUCGACGGAGGGGAGCCGAUCAACGGCAGCUCACAGGGCAAGUUCCAGGGUCUGGAUCUGAAUGAGGAGCUGCAUGUGGGCGGUUACCCUAACUACACACUGCUUGCCAAAACCGCCGGCAUUAAGACCGGGUUUGUUGGUUGUAUCCGUCAGCUGCUCAUCCAGGGUGAGGAAGUCAUCUUCAAAGACCUUGACCGCAGCUCCACUGGUGUCACAAACUGUCCCACCUGCAAAGAUGGCCCAUGCCAGAAUGGUGGCAGAUGUGCGGACUCAGAUGCCAGCUUGUAUAAGUGCACUUGCCCAAGAGGAUUCACCGGCAGUAACUGCCAGCACCACUCAUCCCUGCACUGUCACUCAGAGGCUUGUGGACCAGAUGCCACGUGUAUCAACCACCCAAACGGACUGGGUUAUGACUGCCGGUGCCAUCUUGGUAAAUUCGGAAACAAAUGCAUGGAAGGGGAACUAGUGACCACUCCGCUGUUUGACGGUGAGGAGACGUUCAUCGCGUAUCCCCCUCUGACCAACAUCCACGAUGACCUGCGUGUUGAGGUGGAGUUCAAACCACUGGAUAGAGACGGCCUGAUGUUCUUCUGUGGUGGGAAGAAAAUGAAAGUGGAGGACUUUGUGGCCAUUUCCAUGGUGGAGGGUCACGUAGAAUUCAGAUAUGAGCUGGGCACAGGCCAAGCUAUCCUCCGUAGCCCCGAGCCUGUGUCUCUGGGUCAGUGGCACAGAGUCGUGGCCGAGCGGAACAAAAAGUCCGGCUACCUGAAGGUCGACCAAGGCCAAGUGGAGAGUAAGACGUCGCCAGGAAAAGCCCAGGGCCUCAACAUCCACACACCCAUGUACUUGGGUGGAGUCCCCAAAAUGGACAUCCUCCCUAAAUCCGCCAAUGUCAGCGAAAUGUUUGAUGGAUGCAUAGGAGAGGUUUCCAUCAACAACAAGAAGGUGGACCUGUCCUACAGCUUUAUAGAAAGUCGAUCUGUCCGAAGGUGUGUGGACAACAGUCCCUGCGACCGCCGGCCCUGUCUGAAUGGUGGUCACUGUAUGUCGAGUGUCGAGUACGAGUACCAGUGUCUCUGUAAGGAUGGAUUUGAAGGUGAGCACUGUGAGGUGGUGAAAGACGCUUGCCAGAGCAGCCGUCAGUGCCACAAUGGCGGCAGCUGUGUGGACGGUCAGUGUGUGUGUACACCCAGCUACACAGGCCUCAACUGCGAAGAAAGCCAGGUCUUCAGCUUCCCCGCGGGCCUGUGGAAUGUGGAAGCUAGCGAGGCAAAUGAUUCACCCUACCAAUAUGCAGCUCAUUUCCACAAUGAUGGAUACAUCGCUCUGCCUAAAUCCGUUUUCCCAAGAAGUGCCCAUGACUCACCAGAAACCAUCGAAUUAGAGAUCAACACGAGCUCCUUUGAAGGUCUGAUCCUGUGGCAGGGUGUGGAGACCCGCGGCGCACGUAAUUUGCGAAAGGUGCAUGCUAGUAAAAAGGAACCUGGAGAACACGGCAAAGGCAAAGACUUCAUUACCCUGGGCUUAAAGAAUGGACACCUUGUUUUCAGUUACCAGCUGGGCAGUGGCGAGGCAGAGAUCAUGUCCCACAAGUCUGUCAAUGAUGGGAAAUGGCACAAGAUCACUGCAGUCAGAACUGGAAAAGAUGGCUACAUCCAGAUCGAUGGAGGAAAUAAACUACAUGGACAGUCAAAGGGCAAAAGCCUCAUGGUCAACACCAAAGGCAGCAUAUACCUGGGUGGAGCCCCGGACAUGGUCGCCAUGACAGGAGGGAAGUUUUCGUCAGGAGUGACGGGAUGCGUGCGGAACCUGGCCCUGAUGAACGCACGGCCCGGACAGCAGCCCGCUCAGGCCAUCGACCUGCAAGGCCACGCAGCCCGCGGCGUCAACGUGCAGCCGUGCUCCUUGUAGACCGCGGGCGCUGGCUCACACGUGCAGACAACACACACACACACACACACACACACACACACACAUAUACCACACAGAGAGACUAUGGAGUGAUGUCAUGCAUGAAGCAGACUCACGCAGAGCCUGGGCAAACUUGGUGCUUUCGCUGCUACCAAAAACAAAAACAAAGAUGACACCACUCUGUGUGCAGUAAAAAACCAAAAAGAAAAAGAGAAAAACAAAAAAAAAAGAAGAAGAAGAGAAGAAAUUCUCUUUCUCAGUGUUGUAUCAAUGACACACUAUUAACACAGGAGAACCAGUACAGUUUACAUACUUCCAGCAGUAGUUUUAGUCAUGAGAACAGUAAGAGUAAAAAAUAUUAGGCCUUUCUACGAUGGGUCAGAUCCUAUGGAGUUGGAGAUGUUUUUACAGCACUGAAUUUUUAUUUAUAUAUAUAUAUAUGAAUAUAUAUAUUAUAUUUGUGGGGAAGACAUGCAAACUAACCAUAACUGCUCUUCAACUUUCCUAGGGUUUAUUCUGGGUUCUAAUACUGUGUGUCCCAGGCUUUUUUUAAUGGGCCUAACUGUAUUAAUACUUGAAGACAUUUAGGCCUUCUUUCUUCACUUCUGUAGAGGAACCUCCCCCCAUCCCCCCCACCCCCCAGCCUUGUGCGAGCAUGCAUUCACCGUCUUGGGAGAUGAGCGCACACUGUCACAGUCACACAACUCAGGUGGUCGAAAACACACACACACACAUCAAUAACUGCAAACGUUACAAGUCCCGCUCCUUUACGCACUCGCGCUGUUGUUGUGUCUUCCGAAAACGUCUGUAUUUUUUUCUUUUUUGGUAUGAAAAAGAAAGAAACCCUGGUGCUACUGUCCAGACAGGAAGACACAGCACACAGUGUCGAGGGAGAGAAAACAUUUACCAUUUUGAAGUUGGUUUUGGGACGAUAUGGCGCGAUUGUUUGUCCACCUCAGACUUUGUGUGAUUGAGUGGAUCUUAAAAAAAAGAAGGAGUUUUUAAAAACUGAGUGUGUGUAAAUCUGAAAAUGAAGUACAGUUGUUGAUUAUGUCUGUUGUCUCAGCCUUUUCCAUUUCUCACAGUUUUACACUACUUGUGUGUGUAUUUGCGUGUGCGUACAUCGUUGUUGUCCAUAUCCUCUGGAGUAGCAACUCAAAAAUGGCCUAAUUCUCCGCUUUGUGCCAAUUUCAGUGAGCGAUAAAACUCUCUGAAGAUUGUUUUCUCUGAGAAUGCAGUGACAGACUCACCUGCAGCCAAAAAGCAGUGGGACACAGUUAUGAUAGAAGUGUUAUGAGAAUGCAGUGGAAGCCUCCUGUAUGUGCUGCGACCAGUAGUGUAGCUCCCAUAAAGCAUGCUGUCCCGCACCACAAAACAACACAACCUUUUUCGGAUUUUUGUACGCUUCCGAUUUUGUAUUAACAUCCUAAGAUUGAGCACUAUCCUAUCACUUAGCGUUGCCUCGUUUUUAUUUAUUUUGGGUCUUUUCCUCUUUUUCAGUGCUUAUGUUUUUUUUUUGAUUCAGCCAUUUUAGAGACGCUUGCUAUUUCUCUUUCUUUUGUUUGGUUAUUAUGUAUUUCCUCCCACACCCUGUUGCCCCCCAUGUUUUUAAAAAAUACCCUUUCCAGUAAAGGCGACAGAAAUCAAGCCCAGUGAAUGUACGUGAAAGGUUCAAAUAUGUCAUAACCGAGUGAAGCCGCCUGCUCAGAUGGUUUGAAACUGGUCUUAUUAUUCCCUCAUUGAAAAAAAAGUCUUAGGCUCCAAAUGUGAUGAAAGGAUUAUUUAUUUGCGCAGAACGGUGUCAUCAUGAACGUGCUAUGAACUGAAAGGAGCCAAACCUGUGGUCCACGAUGAAGACACUAAAGCAGAGUAGGCUAGUGUGUUUCCCCCCUGUUGGACAUCUAUGAUUUAUAUACUUUAGACACUGUACACUGAUGAAACCGCCACUGCUUUCUGAUUUCACCCCCCUCCAUCACAAAAUAUGAAAGAUGCACUUUUGAUAAAGAUGAUUUUUUUUUUUCUUUUUUUUAGGCAGAAAAAAGUAAACAACACAGUUAAAUGAAUGAAAGUGUACCAGAUGGAAUAUUGUCCAUGACAGGACGACCAAACUAUUCAGUUUCCAGUGUGAAAAGACGCUCCCCUUGCCUUUGGUGUUUCUUAAAUAAAAAGAAAAUUCAUGUGCUA